AUGAUGAACGACAUUCUCUCAGGCAUGGAGCAGGAAGCCAAUGUCGCGAAACCUGUGCACAAGUCUGCUUCCGAUCUGAUGCAAGACACGCUGAACAGCACAAGCAAGACUUUGGUGUGGCUGCAGGCUCAUUACCAGGGCAUGGACCGGCCGGACUCCAGCAAGGGCAAGAAGGAGCCCUUGGACCUGUGGAGAUUCCAGCAGGGCGACCAGCCAGCUUGCCCCACAUCAGGAAGUUUCACCUCCGAUCAUCGAGACGGGUCUCAAAGCGAGGCCUUCUCUAAGGAUUCAGAGAUUGUCUCCGAAGUUCGCUUCGGGCAGCUCGGGGCCAAAGAUGCAGCGAGCUUGGCGGGCGAGGACACUGCCGAAGAGAUGGAGGUGACCUUUUCGGAGAAGUCGAGGCCAUCGAGGCAGUGCGCCAGUGCCGGGUCCAGCAGUGAGGAAUCCUGGGCGAAGCCUAAGGGACCUUGUGAGGACCAGCCGGGACGGUAUGUCAUCAUCCACGACAGUACCUUCGUGUCCGAAGCUCCAGCGGUGCCGAGGGAGGAGGAUGUCGUGACCAUCGUCCGUGCCGGGACAACUGUCGAGGUGGUCGAAGUCCUUCGAGAAGAGUCCCAGACGCGGGUGCGCGGGCGCAUCACGUUCCCAAAAGGCUGGAUUUCCCUUCUGGAUGUCGCAAGCGGCUACCGCUGGGCGUGCCGUGUGGAGGACCGGUCCAGAGUUCAGAAGCCUCUCCCGGCAUUGGACACAUCGCAGGGUGCUGCGCCUACGACGCCUCGAGCUUCAGUAAUGGUGGCUCCACCUAGCAGCGACAGGAUUGGCACGGUCUUCCGUAAACCUCGUGCGAAGACGAUGCACCGCCGCAAUCAGCCCAAGGCUGACUAA